AUGGGCGUUUCAAGAACUUUUGUACCAUUAAGCAAUCCCCAGGAUCUAUUAGCCAAGCUUAGACAGUUAACAGACCUUCUCGAAUUUGAGUUAAAAAAGGAAGAUUUAUCAGGUCGAACGGUAACAUUGUAUUUCAAGUCAACUACGUUUGAAGUGAAAAGCCGUUCAAGAACAAUUCCUCGAUACAUUUUUGAAUCAGAUGAUUUAUAUUAUUUUGGAAAACAGAUUUUGGAAGCUGAAUUACCUAUGAAGAUUCGUAACUUGGGUAUUCGUCUUUCUACAUUACAUCCACGAGAAGUAGAACGAAGAUGUGGAAUCAAAAGGGUUCUUGUAAAUGAACAAGAUGGUUAUAACAAUAAACAAGGUUCUUUACAAACUGGUCCUAGUAUCAAAAAACAACGAGUAAAAACUUUAAUCAAAGAAUCGGUAACGAAUAUUACAGAAAUUACAGAUAAUAAUAAAACAUUAAUGUCUAAUUCUGAUACUCAGCAUUUGAAUAUAAACUGGGAUUGUCCUAGAUGUCAAAAAGUAUUUAAUAAUCCAUCCAUAUUGAGGAUUAAUUCACACCUUGAUAAUUGUUUGAACAGAAUAAAUACAAGACAACAAAAUCUCAAAGUUACAAUUAAAAAUAACAAUCAACAAAAAGAUAGUUCCCUUUUUAAUUAUUUUGGAAGAAG